GCAUUUCACCCUGGUCCGUGGCUGUUGAAGGUGAACAACUGGUCUGUGGUACAGAAAAGGGACAUUGGCGUCAUUCACAAUGCCAAAUCGGAGCCUUCCAUAGCCUACACUGAAUCACUGCCAGUGUCGAACUCACUGCCGCUCAAGUCAAAGUUGGACGAACUGCCACUGCUCGCUCGAGUGUUCCAACUCCGCGUGGAGUGA